AUGGCCUUUAAGAACGGACUAAGUGAACGUCUCGAUGAGCUCCGAUUCCCCUCUCCCCGCUCGCCCCCUUCGUCAGAGAUCCCCUUCCCCGGUUACUCGUCGCUUUCGCCGGGCCAUUCGAACUUUGUGUCAGCCUUCCCACGGGCUUCGGGCGACGUUCGUUCGAAUCUCCAACGUCGGUUUACAACGGACGCGAGCAAGCUCUCCUCUUGGAACUACAUGAGCAAUGUUGGAGCCUCUCCUCAAAUGCCAGAUGCGCUAGAUCUGCUCUCCUCGUUUGAGAAGAAGAGACAACACAUCGAGUACAUGCGAGAGCAGAAGCGAAGGUUCGAGGAAGAUAUGAAGCUCCUUGAUCUUCAGCACGAACGGGAACAGUUGGAAAUGAAUCAACUAGCCAAAGACCUUGCGAAAGCAGGCAUAUCUGGCCCGGUCAGCGAACCAACUACUCCCCCGGAGUAUCGUGAGAACGGCUUUCCAGGAGCUUUUUCUCGCCCAACUCGCUUCUCCACGUCUAGUGUUACUUCGUCCCCAGGCUUCUUCAACGUUUUCGCUUCUUCGGUCACAAGUCCUCCCAGUCAGCUGAAUAACGAUUCAGUUCAGACGCCCACGAACCGCUUCGCCGUCCACUCUGUUCCUGGGUCUCGUAGAAACUCGGAAAAGGAAGAUUUUGAGAGCGACCCUAAAUCUCCCUUUCGCCCCGGGCCGUCGUAA